AGCCAUUGAUGCUCAAGUAAACAGCAGAAAGAAACGCAGUCCUCGUGUGAUUCGUGAGCCCGUCAUGCACUUCGAAGGCUAUCACACUCUGGAGAAUAUCAAUAACUGGUUCCAACAUCUAGCUGAACAGCACAGUAACAUCGUCACUUUGGUCACUGCUGGUACUUCACAUGAGGGACAAUAUGUUAAAACUACUAGCCACCUUGCUUUUAUUAAGCAGCUAUGCAAAUAGUGAAAAGUUCAAUUUCACAAAUUACGCCCUAUACAGGGUAACCCCGAGCACCGCUGAAGAACUAGAAAUACUAAAUUCCAUGCUAUCUAACCCUCAGUUAGAUUUCUUCGAAGAUCCAGUAAGUGUCAAUGAAAUGGUCAGCGUAGUAACAUCACCUGGAUACAGAAAAACGUUUGAUGAUAUAUUAAAAGCAAAUAGUAUUGAUGCUGAAGUUACUAUUGAAAAUAUACAAACGGUAAUUGACAACGAAAAACACGGUAAAUAUAUUCAACGCAAUGUGCAAUCUAUGACAUGGGACGCGUACUAUCCUUUAGAAGACAUAUACUCUUGGCUUGAUGAUAUAGCUGCUGACAACAGUGAUAUUGUUACAAUAAUAAAAGGAGGACAGUCAUAUGAACGAAGAGAAAUUAAAGGAGUUAAAAUUUCUCACGGCAGCGGUAGAAAGUCUAUAUUUAUUGAAGGAGGUAUACAUGCUAGAGAAUGGAUAUCUUAUGCAACGGUCAACUAUAUUAUUACUCAGCUUUUGUAUAGUGAAGAUCCGGAAGCGCAAGCUGCUGCUAGAGAUUUCGAUUGGUACAUAUUUCCCUGCACAAACCCUGAUGGUUAUGUUUGGACAUGGACAGACUUCAGACUGUGGCGUAAAAACAGGCGUCCCGUUGGAACUGAAUUUGGAAUUGAUUUAAACAGAAAUUGGGACAGCAAUUGGAUGCUUAAAAGUUCCAGCAAUAAUGCUUCUAGCAACAACUAUGCUGGUACCGGUCCGUUUUCCGAACCCGAAGCAAGUACUUUAGCCGCCUAUAUAGAAAGCGUUGCAGAAAAUAUGGAAAUGUAUAUCAGCUUCCAUUCUUCGGGGCAAAUGCUUAUGGUUCCUUACGGAAAUACUACAGACCCUUUGGAUAAUUAUGAAGAUUCGGUGAAAAUCGCCCGCAGAGCUAUAGGCUCUUUGACAGUGCGAUACGGAACGCCAUAUGUGGCUGGCAAUGUGGCUGAAGUAAUUUAUGAAGCAACGGGAACUAGUGUAGACUGGGUAAAAGAAAAACUACGUAUACCUCUCACGUACAUCUAUGAACUUCGAGACCGUGGUGAAUAUGGUCAUCUUCUACCCGCUGAGCAAAUUUUACCCAACAAUGAAGAAAUUUGGGAUUCAGUACUCGCCUUAAUAAGGGAAGGUCGAGCUUUGGGCUACUUCAGUUCUGCUUCUACCAUUUCAGGAUCGUUUGCAGUUAUUCUAGGAGUUUUGUUAUAUCUUCGUUGUUACUUCACCAGAAAAACGUUUGAUGAUAUAUUGAAAGCUAAUAACAUAGAUGCAGACGUGAGCAUUGAAAAUAUACAAACGGUUAUUAGUAACGAGAAACACGGGAAAUAUAUUCAACGUAAUAUUCACUCCAUGACUUGGGAUGCGUACUUUCCUUUAGACGACAUUUACGCUUGGCUUGAUGAUUUAGCUGCUGCCAAUACUGAUGUUGUUACAUUACUCAAUAUCGGUGAAUCCUACGAGGGGAGAUCAAUUAAGGGACUAAAAAUUUCGCACGGUAGUGGCAGAAAGACUAUUUUCAUUGAAGGAGGCAUACAUUCUAGAGAAUGGUUAUCUUACGCAACAGUGAACUACAUAAUUAGUCAGCUUCUGUAUAGUGAUGAUCCUGAAACGCAAGCUGCUGCUAGAGAUUUUGAUUGGUAUAUAUUUCCAUGCAUCAACCCUGAUGGAUAUGUUUGGACUUGGACCGAUUUCAGACUCUGGCGUAAAAGCCGACGUCCCAUUGGAACUGAAUUUGGCAUCGAUUUGAACAGAAAUUGGGACAGCAACUGGAUGCUAAAUGGAUCCAGCACAGAUCCCAGCAGCGACAACUAUGCUGGUACUGGCCCGUUUUCCGAGCCUGAAACGAGGGCUUUAUCUACCUUUAUAGAUAGUGUUGCAGACAAUAUGGAAAUGUACAUCAGCUUCCAUGCGUUCAGGCAAAUGAUUAUGUUCCCUUAUGGAAAUACUACUGAACCUUUGGACAAUUACGAUGACUCGAUGAAAAUUGCCCGAAAAGCAAUUGAAACGCUGGCAGUACGUUACGGAACACAGUACGUAGCUGGAAACAUAGCGGAAACAAUCUAUGACGCAACGGGAAGUAGUUUGGAUUGGGUUAAAGAAAAACAUCGUAUCCCUCUUACAUUUGUCUACGAAUUACGAGAUCAAGGUCAUUAUGGACAUCUUGUACCUGCCGACCAGAUUCUACCCAACAAUGAAGAAGUCAUGGAUUCAGUACUAACUAUAAUAAGGGAAGGACGUGCUUUAGGCUACCUCAAUUCAGCGUCUUCUAUUCAAGGGCCAUUGACAGUAAUCUUUGGAGCUUUGUUAUAUCUCAUAAAUUAACAUUUACAAACUACUGAUUACUUUUUAAUUUUUCAUCUAUUUAUUGGCGCAAAUAGACCAUUAAUGUUA